GCGCAUGUCCAAAUAACGUCGUACAUCCACACCUCGGGUCAUCCACACGGCUUUAACAUUAUAAUUUCAUAUCGCAAAAACCACCCUACUAAGCACAAAGGAAGUUUGACUUUGUUUCGAUACUUACGGGAGACAUGGACUGUUACGUAAAAGUGUUAACUACUUAUUAAAUUCAUGGCUUGUAAUGCGUUUAUGCACGAUGUAUCGAACGGUUACGCUGAAUAGAAGAUGCAGAAAUAUUAGGAUCAUGUGAAAAUUAAGUUAAUAGUGUUGUGUUAGAAGGAAAAUGGUAAAUGACGCGCAGGUACAAUCGCCGCCACAAUCGGAUGUGCAUGAUAAUAACAGCACAAAUGCUUGUGAUGUAAAUAGGGGUGUCAAAGUAUUGGAAUAUAAGGGACUGCUAUGGAAAUGUGGUCUUCGCGAGAUAUGUUUAGCUGCCCUCUGGCUUCCACUUGGUGCUUUAAUAUUUUGUUACGUGUCAGCGUCUAUAUUCCAAGAAGAUGAUAUACAUGAAACACAUUGUAGGGUUUACAAUGUGGUGCCAUCAAUAAGUGCGAUUACUGGGAUAAGCCCACAGAGAUAUCUUUGGAGGAUAUGUAUUGCAUUUCAUUUAGGACCAAGAUUGUUAAUAGGAUCCUUGUAUUACAAUUAUCAUAAGGAACGCACUGCGCACAUUACCCAAGAAAAGACACGAGUACUAGCAACAAGAUUAGGGGAAGCUUGCUAUUGGCUUAAUUUUAUAGAACUGUUUGCACUAACCGGUGUUACGUAUGUGUCUAACAGAGAAAAUUACUUCGUUCACGAGAAGAUAUUCAUAGUGUUCAUGGUGGCAGCCUUGCUGCACAUGCUGUGCCGAGCGCGCGUCGGCUGUAUCGGAAACGAUGCGAUCGAGCCGGUGAGGACCAACAAACUCGUGUGGAUACUGUUCUACGUAGCGAUUGCCGCCACGAUAGGACUGAUUGUGUUCUUUCUGAGACAUCGUCUACUGUGUCGUCCUUUAGCAUUCACAUGGUUCUCGGUAUGCGAGUACAUCCUGGCGACCACCAAUAUGGCGUUCCACGCGGUCGUCGUCAGAGACUUGCCUCUUCAUCAGCUGCAAGUGAUAGGCCCCAACCACGAAAAGACUAAUUGAAUUUGUACAAAUGUAUAUACAUUGCGCUCCACGUAGUUUUAAACACAUCUCGUUAAGUAAAAUCGGAGGAAAGCAUUUCUACUGCGUGUUAAACGUUUUUAAAUUCCAAACAUACCUUUACAAUAUUUUGAUGAAAGAACUUAUCCAAUAGAACUUGCUUACUACGUAUACAACAUUUUUAUAAAUCCAUAAGAUUUGUAUUUGUAAGAAUAUGCAGUUCAAGUUAAUGGGAAUUGAUAUUCGCUGUGACAACUUAUAAUGAAAUAUUGACUUGGUGAAAAAUAGAACUUAAUAUCGUUUAAAAUUGGUUUCCACGUCAGGCACAUCCAUUGACCAUGUUGUAUCUAUCUGAUAUUGAUUAGUAUGGCAGCAUAUAGCUAAUAGAGUUGAUACAUCUAAUCACUUGUGAGGGCCCUAAGACCAAAGACAUACCAACAUGGGCUACAGUGAAUCAGACGAAGUAUCUGUAAUAAUAGAUAAUCACCAACAUCGGUGAUGAAAGUUAAUACACAGAAGACGUAAACCAACGUGUUCGUAAUGGCUAUCUUCAAAAAGAUUGAUGAAGACGCAACAAUACUACGUCCAAUACCUUUUCUUCCUUUGAAAGUCAACGACGAGGUCAGACUAACUCUCAUCGUAGGUACUCACAAAAUUUAUCCCAGCUACCGUAUUGUAGAAGAAUCUACAGCCGAGGGUCAUUAAUAAUGUCUUCGUCUUUUUAUAGAUAUUUUUAACUUGAAGCUUCCACAGUUUUCUAAUUUGAUCGCAACUAGAGUUUCACAAACAAUUAUAACCAUUGUUAGCUAGGUUACGCGUUCUAUGUUGUUUGUGACUGAAGGCAUAUCUUGAAACUGUUCUUUGGUAUCAAAUAAAAUUAGUGUUUCUUUUGGCGGUUAUAAAUCUCGUUGUCCGUGCGGCAUUUUAAACUAACUUAUGACAAGAUCUUCGUACAAAAGGGAACAUUUGGAGUUAUUUACCAUAAUUUAAUUAGGGAUAAAAUAUUUUAUUGUGAAUAUUUUUAAUUUGAGACAUUAUUUAGAGGCAAUACAUAUUAUUCCGCCUACUAAAUCCGAAAAGAGGUUAAUAAAUUUUGUGUUAAUUAGCCAUUACAAAUUUAAAAGGACCAAACUCAAAAAUACUUAAAAUGUAUUCAAAGGACACAUAUCUACUAGUCUCGAUUUUCCAAUUAUAAAAAAAACGUUUUUAAAAACACACCACACGAAUAAUUAAAAUAUAUACAAAGUGUUGCUGGUGAUUGGGUAGCGUAUAUUAUUUCGUACCCGAUGGAAAAAUGAAUAUCCAACUGUAACCACCACACAUGGUGAAAAAUGCGUGUUCAAGCAAAUCUCACUUCGUUGCUGUCGGUGCUUAUCCAAGACAGGCCGCCAUAAUAUUGGCAAUCGUCGAGGGACUACAUUGUACCUAAAUAACGUCGGAUCUAACUCUUAAUCACUCUCAGGUAAAAAAUUACAAGAAAUCAUUAACGAAAUAUGAAUGGUGUAUAAUUGAUCGUAACUAAUUUUAUGAAAAUAUUUUAAAUAUUUUCAAACAUAUCUUUUCGCACAAUAGUAGUUUUAAAAAAAAAUUAUAAUUAUGUAAAGAGAUUUGUACCUCAGAAACCAUCGCUCGUCAACGUGUACAACGCCUUGAGUACAGUGUGAAUUAGUAAACAUAGAUUAAUAUUGAGUUUAAAUUGUUGCUUAGUUUAAGAGAUUAGUAUAGACUUAAAAGUUAGAUAGCAUUUGCGUAUUAAACCAUUUUCGUUGUUCCAUAUGAGAUGUAAGUACUAUUGAAAUGACAUUUUUGUAAAUAAGUACCUACAGCUUGUUUUGGAUUUGUAGGCAGUAGAUUACUACUUUUGUUGAUUAUUGUUAUUAAUGCGGUUUCUAUGAACACUACUUAAUAUAUAGUCACAUAUUGUGUAAGCUCAUACGUCAUUUCAUACAAAGAUAUGGACAAAAAAUAAAAAAAAAUACAUUUGUACACUCUCGUUAAAUAAAAAGAAACACAUCAAACAUUAAACUAAGAAAGGUAUAAAUCAGCAAUAUUAAUUAUUUUUUACAUAAUCAUAUAUCGUUAUUAAUAUUAUGUUCAAUGAAUUAAAUUGUUGUCCUUUGACAUAACAUGAACAGUUUUGUUAAACAUUUUAUAGUUGUAUAAUGUAUUAUUAUUUCUUAUACAUUAACAAUGUUCAUAAUGCUGACAAAAUUGAGUAUUUUUAAUAUU